CCAAUAUAGACAAAGCAGGCCCUCCCCCUAGUCUCCCAAGUUCAGGCGCGCACCACAAGAGCCCAGAAAAGGAAGGCGGGGCUAUCCCGAAACACCAAUGGAAGCGAGAGUGGGCGGGCUCGCGCUUAGGUGCAGGAGGCGGAGCUUGCCCAGCCGGGCCAAUGAGGACACGAGGCGCUGGACGGUUGUUAGGCGGGGAAGGUCGGCGCAUGGCUGACGCGGUACUGUUCGAGUUUCUGCACACGGAAAUGGUAGCGGAGCUGUGGGCGCAAGAUCCGGACCCCGGCCCCGGGGGACAGAAGAUGAGCCUGUCGGUCCUGGAGGGCAUGGGCUUCCGCGUGGGCCAGGCCCUGGGCGAGAGGCUGCCCCGGGAGACGCUAGCCUUCAGGGAGGAGCUGGACGUCCUCAAGUUCCUAUGCAAAGACGUGUGGGCGGCCGUGUUCCAAAAGCAGAUGGACAGCCUCCGCACCAAUCACCAGGGGACCUACGUCCUGCAGGACCACAGCUUCCCCCUUCUCAUCCGGAUGGCCUCGGGUCUGCAGUACCUGGAGGAAGCGCCCAAGUUCCUGGCCUUCACCUGCGGCCUCCUACGGGGCACCCUCAGCACCCUGGGCAUCAAGAGCCUGGUCACCGCCUCCGUGGCAGCCCUGCCCGCCUGUAAGUUCCAGGUGGUGAUCCAGAGAUCCUGAGGGAGCCCCAGGCCCCACCCCCAGCCGAGCCUCACGCCACCCCAUCCCGGGGACCCAGCUGCUGCCCGUGGUGGUGGCUGGUGCUGGGGAGACGGGGUCCCACCGCUUCAGGGCCUCAUAAGCGCUCAACAAGUGGGUGUCAUAGGGAGGUGGGGGUGUCCCGGGGGCAAGGUGGACCCCGCCCCAGUCGGGGCUGGUGUGGAGGGAGCCCACAUCGGACACGUCCCUCCACAUGGCAGGUGCUCAAUAAAGGUUCUGUACGUGG